AUUCAACAUUAAAUAAAACCCAGAUGAUAAGAACACAGAACAAUAGACAAUAAAUAAAACUCAAGUUUACAAGAACUGUCAUCCCUCUAAGAGAUACCAGAUAACUAAUACCAAUAGAACACGUAUCAACAUUACAACCAAACAACACAAAGUUCUAAGUUACAAAGUUUCUGCACCGAUAUGAGAGAACUCAAAGACGUUAGUUCAUUUGCAGAGUGAAAUUGCAUAGAACAUGUUGGGGCAAGGGUUACUACUGGUAACAGCAGUGCUAGUUUCUGGGGCUGUCCCACCCCAAGUGGGACCUCUAGUUCAUGUAGAACAAGGAGCACUACGUGGCACACACCAAACAUCUGCUGGUGGAAGAAUAUUUUCUGCAUUUCAAGGAAUACCAUAUGCAAGACCGCCUACAGGAAAACACCGAUUCAAGGACCCAGCACCCAUGAAACCAUGGAGAGGUGUAUGGCCAGCCAUCACACCAGGCAGCAAGUGUCUACAAUAUGAUCCACUUACCCAGGCAGGAACCUCAACACAGGCAAGCCUUCAAGGAGAUGAGGACUGCCUAUAUCUUAAUGUGUAUUCACCUAUGCUACCGGCAGGAGGUGGUGCUCCACUGCUGGACGUGAUUGUCAAUAUUCAUGGAGGGGGCUUCUCAUAUGGCGCAGGCAGUAAAUAUGGUCCAAAAUACCUGCUAGAUGGAGAUGUAAUUUUGGUAACUUUCAACUAUAGACUUGGACCACUAGGUUUUCUGAGCACAGAAGAUGAAGUGGUUCCAGGUAAUAUGGGACUAAAAGAUCAAACUGCAGCUCUGCGUUGGGUGCAACGGAACAUUGCUUCCUUUGGUGGCAACCCUGCGAGUGUAACGUUGACGGGUCAAUCUGCAGGAGGUGUCAGUGUCCAUUACCACUAUCUGUCGCCAUUAUCUCACGGUUUAUUCCAAAGAGGGAUAUCCCAGAGCGGGACUGCUUUAAACCCAUGGGCACAGAUGGAAAAUGGCAGAGGGAAAGCAACAAAACUGGCGCAGCAAUUGGGCUGUAGCAUACAAACAUCACGUGAGAUGGUGGACUGCCUGAGACAUCGGCCAGCAAGCAUGAUUGCUCAACAAGUGGCAACCUUCCAGGAAUGGCGGAACAUGCCUUUCUCACCAUUUGGAUUUACGGUAGAAGUGGCUGGGGUUACUCCGUUCUUGAGCAGACAACCUACUGACAUGCUUCUGGAUGGCAGUGUUCAAGAUCUACCCUGGAUCACAAGUGUUACGACAGAAGAAGGGCUCUACCCUGCAGCAGAUUGGGUGGCAAGUGAAGAGAUCCUCAAUGAACUACAGACCAGAUUUGCAGAGGUUGCACCUCACAUACUGGAUUACAACUACACAGUGGCAGACGAGCAGAAGCAGGCCGUUGCCCAAAGCAUUCAUCAAUUUUACCUUCACGGUAAAGCAAUAUCUACAGAAACCACAAGCAACAUAAUACAGAUGACUGGUGACCGCCAUUUUGUUGUGGAAGCAGAACGAGCAGCCAGACUUCAAGCUGCUGUCAACUCCGAACCUGUCUACUUCUACCAGUUUGGCUACAGAGGAAAGCACAGUUUAUCGGAAGUUAUGUCAGGAACAAACAUUAAUUUUGGUGUUUCUCAUGGAGAUGAUGCAGCUUAUGUCCUACAAGUCCCUUACAGUAACAUCGAGGAGACACAACAAGACAAGGACAUGUCUAAAGUACUUACUGAUAUCUGGGACAGUUUCCACAGAACUGGAAAUCCCGUCACCAGUGGAAGGAACUUCACUUGGGAACCAGUGACAGCCAACUGCACUGAGCUUGCAUAUCUGUAUAUCACCAACAGCAGUCACUUGGAAAUGAGAUCAAGCCUUGACCUUGGACACAGAGAAUUCUGGGACUCUCUCCCAAUCAGUGAACCCCAGCGUAAUGUGAACAUUCCAAAUGUACAGCAUCCCAAACAUCAUGAACUCUAGAGAUAACCUACUGACUUCUAUUCAUCAGAUCAUUGGCUGAAUGCAGACUUUGAUUUGCCUGCUUAAUACAAACAGAAAAAUUAUGGAACUAAGUGCUUUACUGAGUAAAAAAGUAAGAGAUAACAGACUUUCCUCACAGUAAUACAAUUUUAGCAUGUUCGAGAAAUAAAAUAUUAAUUCUGGUAAAGGA